AUGCCUGAUACUGUGUUGGACAACCUAGAAGAAAAAGAGCUACAGGAAGAUCUCGCUAAACAAUGUGAGAAUGUAUUACAAAAAAUUACAGAGAGUGAUCGUCCACUUUCUGUUCUUGUUACUGGUGGUAGUCAAGCCGGGAAAAGCUCAUUAGUGAGAGUAAGUUUUGGCGAAGACGCAGCCAUAGGUGCUAAUGGACAAAGGAUCGCGACUGGCUCGGAUGGCAGACCUGUUACUCAAGAUGUUACUUCAUACACGAAUCCACAACGUACUUUGGAAUUGAUUGAUACGCCCGGUCUAGAAAAAAAUAUUUCGAGUAGAAUUGUUGAACGAAUUCAGGAGCAACUGAAACAAAAAAAAUUACAACCUUCUAUUGUGUGGGUUGUUCUCAAUUAUCAGUCAUCUAUGGAAGAUGUAGAGCUUGAACUUGUCAAGCUCGCUCCUGGCAAGCCAGUCAUUAUUAUAGUUAACAAAUGUGAUUUUCUAUACAAGCGAAAAUGUGAACUACAACAUGAUUCCAAAUGUUUGGAACAAUUCGAUCAGUUACGACGUGAGGAGCUACCUCCAUGGAUGCAAAAAAGUGUAGGAUUGAUGUCCAAACGUGACCGAUUAUUAGAAUGGAAAGCGAAACAUGAUGAUGUGCGCCGCAUUAUCAUUAUGUCAUUAGGAGACAAUGAUCAAUUUGAUGAUGAAGACCAAUAUGAUGGGCCGAUUGGUUUAGACAUUUUACUUGAAGCGACAUAUGGUUGUCUGGAUGAUGUCGGUCGGAUACAACUCGCUGCGCUUCAACAACAUUCCAAAUUGGGAAAAAUUCAAGCAUCAGUGGCUAUUAUUGUUGCAUCGAUGGCAACAGCCGGCGGUAGGUAUGCAUACUUUGUAUGCAAGACAACUAUUAACUAA